GUUUUCAUUGGUGACUACUUAUUAUUAUUAUUCCCAUUAUACAUAUUAUACUUCUUUUUUCGAUUUCGUUAACGUCGGAAAGCUGUCUAAGAAAAAGAUGGUUGCUUCUCUGUCCACCUAUCUUUCUCUCUCUAAACAUAAUCUAUAUGUGUGUGUGUAUAUAUGUUCACAUAUAGUGUGUAAAUGAGAAGAUUACAAGAAAGAAAGUUAGGUUUCAAUUUUGGGUAAAGUAUUACAAUCCAAACAAAGAGAAAGCAGGUUCACAAGAACACCAAAGUGAAACUCACUCACACAUGCUCAGAGAGCUUUAAUAUAUGCAUAUAUUUGUGUAUGUAUAGGUAGAGAGAGAGAGAUGGAUUUGCUGUAUAAGGCAGUUGGUUGUCUUGACCAGAGAGAUUUUUCACACACAAACACACACAAGAUCUAAUGAGAGAUUCACCCACAUCCACACCAACACCAACACCAACAUAUAUCUACCCUAUCUAUGUGAGUAUAUUUAUGUCUGUAGCCCACCUUCUACCUAUGAAAACCCUAGCUAGGUUUAUUGUUCUUUGCUUGUGGUUUUAGACCUACCCACAAAAGAGAAAGAUAAAAAAAGAAAACAACCCAAUUUUAAUCAUUAUAUACACCUCUCAUAUCACACAUCUCACUUCCUAGAGAGAGAGUAAAAAAAGUGUGUUUCUUCUUGAUAUUUUGUUGUGUUUGAAGAAAGAAAUGUGGGAUCUAAACGGGUUUCCUGAUCGGAGGGUGUUAGAAGAAGAACAUGAGGAUAAUAACAAGGGUAAACGGGUCGGGUCGAUGUCGAAUUCUAGCUCCUCCGCCGUGGUUAUGGAAGAAGACGAUGAGGAAGAUUCAGAAAGAGAGAGUCCAAGAAAACGGUUGUUUGGUUUUCCCAUGCCGGAUCCGCCGGUGACCAGACAGUUUUUUCCGGUGGAGGAGUCUGAGGUGGGACCCACAACCUCCGGUGGAGGUGAAGGUGAAAGUGUGGGUUCACCAGCGGCUAGUUUUCCGACUGCUCACUGGUUUGGUGUGAAAUUCUGCCACCAGUCAUCGGAUCCUUUAGCUGGUGUUUCUAAUGGGUUGAUCGGAAAGAGUGCUACCGCCUCGGUGGUUCCUCAGCCGCUUAAGAAAAGCCGCCGCGGACCGCGGUCUAGAAGCUCCCAGUACCGUGGAGUUACCUUUUACCGGCGAACCGGCCGGUGGGAAUCACAUAUAUGGGACUGUGGCAAACAAGUUUAUUUAGGUGGAUUCGACACCGCACACUCAGCAGCACGGGCAUACGAUAGGGCAGCCAUCAAGUUCCGGGGAAUGGAAGCUGAUAUAAACUAUAACCUUGAAGAUUAUCAAGAAGAUCUAAAACAGAUGAGCAAUCUAACAAAGGAAGAAUUUGUGCAUGUACUAAGGAGACAAAGUACAGGAUUUCCAAGAGGAAGUUCAAAAUACAGAGGUGUUACUUUGCAUAAAUGUGGUAGAUGGGAAGCUAGAAUGGGCCAAUUCUUAGGCAAAAAGUAUGUGUAUCUUGGUCUGUUUGAUACAGAAGUUGAAGCAGCCAGGGCUUAUGACAAGGCUGCUAUUAAAUGCAAUGGAAAGGCUGCUGUUACAAAUUUUGAUCCAAGUAUAUAUGAGAAUGAGCUCAAUUUGACUGAAUGUUCAAGUAAUAGCAACGAUAACCACAAUAAUGAAUCAUCAGAACAUAAUCUUGACUUGAGCUUAGGUGGUGGCUCGACGUCAAAUAUGACUAGUAAUCGAGAAGAAAAUGGUCAUUUUGUAAGGCGUGAUAGUUCUGACCCAAUGCAACUUGGUUUUAGACCUAUGGAACGGAAUGAAGCGAAUACAUUACAUCUUUUGAGCCAUACUAAUCCUGAGUUUACAAAUCAGAAUGAAAUGCAUGGAUACAAACAUUUUAUGAGACCCGUUGAUUCAUCUAUGCAUCAUAUGUUCAAUCCACCGUUCUUCAAUUCAUCAAGUCAUCAAAUGCAGUUUUCAAGCAGCACAUUAGAAGGAGGAAAUGAUUUACCUGUGACUUCAAGUGCAAGCAAUGUUAAUGCCAACGGUCCUCCUCUACACCAAAUCUAUGCAAUGAGUGCUGCAGCAUCAUCACGAUUCCCACAACAAAGAUUUAACAUCUAAACAGCAAACCACCCCCCCCCCCCCCCCACACACACAUUGUAUAUGGUUAUCAUCUUUAUAUGAAUCCUAUAUUCAUAAUCUUCCCAAACCCCUAAAAAACAAAAGGUAACCUUCAUAUUUUGUGUGUUAAAAUGAAGAAAGCAAAUUAGUGAUCUUUGCAAUUUAUACAAGAUUGUAAAGAUCAAUGUUAUGUGGUAGAUAUACAGCAACUAAGAUCCGAACAAUAUUGGUCAAAUUUAUGCUAUAUUUUAUAUGAUUAAGCAUUUUUAUUCUUAA